ACACUGCGCGAAGUGUCCUGCUUCGCGGCGAUCGCAGCUAUGGAAGCGGAGACCACUCCGGUGCGACAGCAACACCUGUUUAACGUCCAGAAGCUGCAGCAGUACCUGAGCAGCAGACUACAUCUGGCUCCGGACGCCUCCGCCAUCUCCGUGCUUCAGUACAGCUCUGGUCAGUCCAACCCCACCUUCUUCAUCCAGACCCCUGAAAGGAGCUAUGUGCUCAGGAAGAAACCCCCUGGGCCUCUGCUGCCCGGGGCACACAAGGUGGACAGAGAGUACGCUGUACAGAAGGCUCUGCACUCGGCUGCUUUUCCUGUUCCUCAGCCUGUGCUGUACUGCUCAGACACAGACGUCAUCGGCACCGAGUUCUACAUCAUGGAGCACGUGAAGGGGCGUAUAUUCCGGGACCUGAAGCUGCCGGGCCUGAGCGCAGCAGAACGCAGUGCUCUGUAUGUGGCUGCAGUUGAGACUUUAGCCAGGCUGCACUCCGUGGACGUCGCCUCGCUCGGCCUUGCGGGAUACGGGAAAGGAGCCGGUUACUCCAAGAGACAAGUGUCGACUUGGACAAAGCAGUACAGAGCCUCGGCCCACAGGAGCAUUCCAGCUAUGGACGAGCUUUCUGAUUGGCUGAGCAACAACUUGCCGUCUGGUGAUAAUGAAGUGACUCUCGUUCAUGGUGACUUUCGAAUUGACAACCUGAUAUUCCAUCCGACGGAGGCACGAGUGCUGGCCGUACUGGAUUGGGAGCUGUCUACGACUGGUCAGCCUACCGCUGACCUGGCCUACUUCCUCAUGCCCCAUUACUGCCCCUCCCACCUCGGGGUCAUCAGCACUCUGGGCGGAGUUACAGAGAUAGAGGGCAUCCCCCCUCCAGGCGACCUGAUCUCCAUCUACUGCCGCUGCCGUGGGCUCCCUCCAUCUCUUCCUCAUCAGAAUUUCUUCAUCGCACUCGCCAUGUUCAAAAUGGCCAGCAUCGCACAGGGGAUCUAUGCGAGGUCUUUGCUGGGGAACGCCAGCGCUCCGGACGCUGCUCGGUAUGGAGAGACUGUGGAGCCUUUAGCUCAGUUGGCGCUGAAGAUCGCACACAGCUCUUCGUUGUCUAUGCCGGGUUCUGACAGGCGAUUUCUCCAGUCCCCUAGAGGUCACGCUGUGCUCCAGCAGGUCAAGGAGUUCAUGAGACAGCACGUCCUGCCCGCUCAGCAGCAAAUAACGGAGUAUUACGCUAAACACACUGACGGCCCUCAGAGAUGGCAGACGCCUCCCGUGCUGGAGGAGCUAAAGGCAAAAGCUCGUGCGGCAGGUCUGUGGAAUCUGUUCCUGCCUGCGGUCAGUGGACUCUCUCAGGUGGACUAUUCCUACAUUGCUGAGGAAACUGGACGAUGCUUCUUUGCUCCGGAGGUCUUCAACUGCCAGGCCCCAGACUCAGGGAACAUGGAGGUGCUGCACCUGUAUGGAUCUGAAGAGCAGAAGAAGCAGUGGCUGGAGCCCUUACUGAGAGGAGAGAUGCGGUCCUGCUUCUGCAUGACUGAGCCAGAUGUUGCGUCCAGUGAUGCCACCAACAUGCAGUGCACCCUUCAAAAGGACAAUGGCCAUUACAUCAUCAACGGCAAGAAGUGGUGGAGCAGUGGUGCCGGUAAUUCAGUGUGCAAGAUCGCCGUGGUGAUGUGCAGGAACAAAACGGCUGACCCAAACAACAGGCAUGGUCAGCACAGCAUGAUUUUGGUUCCUAUGGACACACCUGGAGUGAGAAAGAUCCGAGCGCUGACUGUGUUCGGAGCCGACGAUGCGCACCAUGGUGGCCAUUUGGAGGUUCACUUUGACAACGUGCGCGUUCCUGCCUCCAACAUUCUUCUAGGGGAGGGUCGAGGGUUUGAGAUCGCUCAGGGUCGGCUGGGUCCAGGCAGACUGCACCACUGCAUGAGAGCUGUAGGACUGGCUGAACAUGCUCUGGAGCUGCUGUGCCAAAGAUCAGCCAGCAGACAGACCUUCGGGAAGGAACUCUACCACCAUGAGGUGGUGGCUCAUUGGAUAGCGGAGUCUCGCAUCGCUAUUGAACAGACACGCCUGCUGGCUCUACAUGCAGCUCACACACUGGACACGAAGGGGAACAAGGCUGCAAGGAAACAAAUCGGGAUGAUAAAGGUGGCAGCCGGUAGGAUGGCGACAAAGGUGGUGGACUGUGCCAUUCAGGUCCACGGGGGUGCAGGAGUGUCUGAUGACUUCCCCCUCGCCCAAAUGUAUGCUUACGCCCGGACGCUGCGUUUAGCUGACGGCCCUGACGAGGUUCAUCUGUCCUCCAUCGCCCAAAUGGAGCUCAGGGAUCAGCUCAGACGAACGGCUGCCAAACUCUAAGCAACGCUGACCGCAGUGUUUCGUCAUGAACACCAGAGACCGUCUCACAGCCUCUCAGAAGUGACAUAGUAGUGUGUAAUUGGCCAUUUAACAGACACGAUCAGCUCCUACUGUCGUUCAAAUAUUUGACUCAAACAUCCUCCUCACACGACUCAUUUAGCAAUGUUCCUGCCGUCUCUCUGCAUCAUCUGUCUUACACUGAAACUCUGACUUUCCACUGAUUUCUUCAUGAGCUCACAAUAUACUUCACGUCAAUUUGACAAACGGUCACUAACCUAGAAUUAAUGUUCAAGUCAAUGCAGUAAUCUGUAUAAUCAGGAAAUGCCUCAAAGACCAAAUCAGCCUGGAACAGUAUUGACUCAACCAAUCUGAAGGCUACUGUGUUUAAUCUAGUUCUGCUGGACCUUCAGUGGCGUGUUCAGUUUCCCAUCAGUCGCUCUGUUGUAACAGAUCUGUGAGCAGAUUCUAUAAUUCUGCAACGGUACGCAGGAAUUAAGGUUUCAGUGACACUUUAUUUUAAGGAACGUAUAGAGUUGAGUUCUCCCCGUGUCUGCGUGGGGUUCCUCCGGGUUCUCCGGUUUCCCUCCACAGUCCAGAGACAUGCAGUCAGGCCAAUUGGACACACUAAAUUGCACCUAGAUGUGAGUGUGUGAGUGAAUGUGUCUGUCUGUCUGUCUGUCUGUCUGUCUGUCUGUCUGCCCGGUGAUGGACUGGUGACCUCUCCAGGGUGUUUCCUGCCAUCCACCCAGUGACCGCGGUGAUAGGCUCCUGCCCCCCAUGACCCAUAAGGAUAAGCAUCUUAGAUUGGUGGGUGUGUGUGUGUGUGUGUGUGUGUGUGUGUGUGUGUGUGUGUGUGUGUGUGUAGAGUUGAGCAACCCUUGGCAAACUGCACAUUUUCUUCAUUUCACAAAUAAAAAUAAGUUCUCCACAGGGAACAAACUUUAAAAAUAAAAUAAAACAAAAAAUAUGAAAUGUGCCGUAACUCUUGCACAGGCCUCAUUGGAUGUUUUAUUUUUCACCAUUAUGUUAAAUUCAGCAAAUAAAGAGUAAUUGGGCAAAUUAAAAAUGUAAUUAAAAAGAAGGAUGUUCUGUGUAGAGGAUGUGUCCACUUAUUUUCAAUAUUUUCAGUUCUAUUAGUUUUACUUUCUACCCAUUUUAACAACCAAACGUGGACAAGCGGAACUUGUUUAUGGUUUUGCAGACAAAAUAUGAAUAUGUUCUGAAUUUGUGGUGCACAUCGAUAUAUUGAAAACAUGUUUUUGGCCAUUAAUUAGUGACUAAAACUGCACUUUAGAAUAUGGAACAAACCUAGACGUGUUAUUGGAUUAUUCCAUUCUUAAUUAGCUGAUUGUUAUUGCUCUUAUUGCUCUCACAUAAAGCAGUAAACCUGACACGCUCUGGAACCAAAUGAACCAAAUGAUGGAACCACACCUUAAAUUUAAGUAAUAGUUCAUACUCAAUGAUUUGCAUAAUAAUGUGCAUUGUUACAACUCACAAUGCAAUUAUUAGUGAUUUUCACAUUGCAAACCUCUGAUUAUAAUAAUAAUCAGUAAUCAUGCUUAAUGCAUAUUGGAAAAAAAACAUGGAACGUCUUAUUUGGACGUUUCUGAACAAAACAAAAUAAAAAAACCUUAAUUAAGCCUUAAAAUAAAGUGUAAUCAGGUUUUCUGCUAAACUGAAUGUGUUUUGCUUGUAGUAGGAAGAUGUGACUGAAUGAUAAAUGGAUUUUUAUAUGAACUUAAUUCUUACCGCCUUUCACGUCACUGAUUCCUUAUGAAAAAACAAUGUCAAUAAAAUUUGAUUGAAUCCA